UGCACCCACCACCAUUCUUCAUCAUUGCAGCCCAACGUUACUAUUUUCAAAAACCCGUUGGAGCCAAUUACAUUUUAAAUAUCAAUGGCCUUCUCUCUCUCUCUCUCUCUGCCUGCAUUUCAGCCACUCAAAUCAUGAAGGCCCUCUGAACAACAACACUCCUCACUCUUUCUGAACUCAGAUCAGGAGAGUUGUUGUAAUGGGUUGUUUUCUUGGGUGUUUUGGUUUCUCCAAGAAGCGGAGGCGACGAAAGCCUUCCGAUAAGGUUCGAGCUGGAGACCAGCAAAAUGGAAGUUAUGUGCCUUUGGAUUCCUCUGUGCCUGAAAAUCUUGACGUCACCAAGGACCCCAUUUGCUCAUACUCUGCGUCGAGAGACAAGCCCAAGGGGCGGCCAAGCUUCAAAAUCAGAAAAAAAGUUAGCUUUAAUUUAGAUGUCCAGACCUAUGAGCCAAUUCCGACAGAUUAUAAUCUUUUGGAGAGUGAUGAGGAGGAAGAAAAAGCAGCCAAAGGAGGCCUAAACCCCUCAUUUUCAGAGGGGAAAUCAGCAGAAUCGAAAAUGGGUUCGUACCCCUCAAAUUAUAGGUACCAAAAUUGCAGAGACAGCUAUGAUGAGGAAAACGAAAUAGCAUACGAGGAAAUUGAUCUGGAUGAUGAUGAUGAUUAUGAUGAUGACAUUGACGACGAUGAAUUCUACGGAGACGACGAUAUUCUUCAUGAUCAAAGGCAAGAAGAUGUUUCUUGGCGGUUGGUUUCUGCAAAUACGGAAUCACAGAAGACAGUUUCUUCGACUCAGUUGACCAAGAACAAAACCACCAAUGUAGUGGCCCCUUGUGCUUCAAACGUCAGAGAAUGGAAGUCACUUGAGUUGCAUCAAAAUGUUCGAGAUAGGAGCCAAUAUGUGCAUUCUGUGCUGAACCCAGUAGAAAAUCUCACCCAAUGGAAAGCAGUCAAAGCAAGAGCAGCACCACCUGAGUACCAGAGGAAGGAAAACAUAGAGUUCAAGAAAGCGCGACCCAUCAUAGAUCCAUCGCCUUUCUCAAAUCUCAGUCAGUCUAAGCCUCUAAUGCAAGAAAUUGCUGUUGAUACCAGCCUUUCAAACUGGUUGGUUUUACCAAUGUCCAAAAGGUCUGAGACCACGAUCGACCCAUUGCUCUUGAGGCCAUCUCGGUGAAGAAAAAUAUGUUGGACGGACCAAAUUCAAGGAGAUAAAGAUAAGGUAGACACGUUCUAGAGAUGAGCAGAUUAAAAACCUGCAGAAUCUCAUAUUUCAGGUUCUCACAGGAGUUUGUCAUCUGGAACAGGGCUAUACAUUGAAGCUCAGCCUACUUUCAUACAAGCAUUGAGAAAGGACAAUUGGUAAAUACAGUUCAUUUCAAUACAAAGAUGAAGAUUAUAAAUAGAAGCACAGCCAACAGCUACUUUUUCUUCUCGUUCUUGGCUAUUUUAGAUGGAUGUGAACAAUCUGGCGUGUUGUUUUGUUUGCUUUUCUAAUUCUUUCCCUCUCCUCUGAUUGUUUUGUGAAUGAUGAUUUUGCUGGGUAGUUCUGUACUACCGUGUCAGUGGGCUUUGGUUGUCUCUUGUUGUGUCUUACUGUUUGUAUAAAAGAUUGAUAAUGAAUGGAACCA